UCCUGUGGAGGCGUCACGUCGUCACGUCCUGCUCCUUCCCCCGUUUCUUCUCGACGUGAGGCCGACUUGAAGGGAACGUUCUCGAGAGGGAAAAGAAAUAGGACCGGGGAGUAGAAACACUAACUACCCCAUAUAGCUGCCUCAGGAGCAGUGAAGUGUCUUCAUGGCAGUUCGUCGAGGACACAAUAAGUACUUUAAAGCUGACUUGCAGGACGUGUAUGAGAUGUCUAACGGUUACGAAGACCACAUGGGAGGGGAUGAGGCGAAGGAUGCAAAGACUAACCUGAUAGUGAACUACCUGCCUCAGAGUAUGACUCAGGAUGAGCUGCGAAGCCUCUUCAACAGCAUUGGAGAGGUUGAGUCUGCCAAGCUGGUGCGAGACAAAAUGGCAGGCCACAGUUUAGGGUACGGAUUUGUUAACUAUCUUAACCCUAGUGAUGCAGAAAGAGCUAUCAGUACUCUGAAUGGACUAAGGCUACAGUCCAAAACUAUCAAGGUUUCAUAUGCACGGCCGAGCUCAGACACAAUAAAGGAUGCAAACUUGUAUAUCAGCGGUCUGCCUAGGUCCAUGACACAGAAGGAUGUGGAAGAAAUGUUCUCUCGCUUCGGCCAUAUCAUAAAUUCCAGAGUACUUGUCGAUCAGUCGUCAGGUACGACAGGUGCGUCCCGUGGGGUUGCUUUUAUCCGAUUUGAUAAACGAGCGGAGGCUGAAGAAGCCGUCAAGACCCUGAACGGUCAGAAACCGCCCGGGGCCUCUGAGCCCAUCACAGUGAAAUUUGCAGCAAACCCAAACCAGGUGAAGAACACGCAGCUCAUCUCUCAGCUCUACCACAACCAGUCCCGGCGCUUCGGAGGGCCCUUACACCACCAGGCACAGCGGUUUAGGUUUUCUCCAAUGGGUGUCGAUCACAUGGGGGGUAUGGGAGGCGUGAACGUUCCUGGGAGCUCCUCCUCCGGCUGGUGCAUCUUCAUCUACAAUCUGGGCCAGGACGCGGACGAGAGCAUCCUCUGGCAGAUGUUCGGCCCUUUCGGCGCCGUCACAAAUGUCAAGGUGAUCCGUGACUUCAACACCAACAAGUGCAAGGGCUUCGGUUUUGUUACCAUGACAAACUACGAGGAGGCGGCCAUGGCCAUCACCAGCCUGAACGGGUACCGGCUCGGAGAUAAGAUACUGCAAGUGUCCUUUAAGACUAGCAAGGGCCACAAGUAGAGCGAUUCUGGACAUUGGGUGUAGAGGGGUGCAGUAAACAAGUUGUCAGGCUUUUUUUCGUAGAAAGGUGAAUUUAAAUGCCAAAGUCUGGCACAUUUUUGGUUUUAUUGUAUUCAGAGUAAACUGAGAAUUUCAGUCUUCUGCACCUUUGUACUUGUCUAAAAAGUGUCUUUUUCUUCUCGUCUUUGUUUUUCCGUAUCAUUAUACUUUUUUUUUUCCUCUUGUUUUUUUUUUUUUUUUUUAGGGGGGAGGGGUUGCUUGAUGUCACUAACUUUAAAUUUAGUUUUGAGUGCGUAAGGAAGUAAUCCCACAAAUGUACUUCUGAAAUUGUUCUCCAAAGCUAAAACACUGUUGGACAUGUUGCAUGAUUAUCGGUUGGGUAAGCAUGAGGAGAGCGCAGGGCUCAUCAGGGGGGCAAAGACGAUUUAAAUAGAAACCGGUGAGUUGUUCAAAGCAUGGACAAUUUAGUGGUUGAUAUAGAGCAACGAUGAGGAAAAACGUCACAGAAGCUACAUUCUUGAUCUACUCUAGUCAAGUAAAAAUGAUCUUGCUGUGUUUAGUGUAUAAGAGCAAAGCACUUUUAACCUGUUUAUUGUUUGAGUUUUCUCUGGAUAUCGACCUCUUUGACGCUAACAAACACUAGCUCACCCGCCAACCAACAUUUCAAUUAGGAGGAGCUUUGGAACAAAGUCCCUUUUGUUUCGGUACCCCUAAAGGUGUCUUUUAUUCUAUGUUGUAUUACAUAAGUCUUGUUUAAAAAAUAAUUAGAGACGAAUAAGACUAAAGACGGACCAAAGCCAGGGAGAGAUUUAAGAAAUGAGGAUUUUCAAGUGACUUUGUAAGAAAAAUUUACAUCGUUUUUUUUUUUUUUUUUUUUUUUUUUUUUCUCAAUCAGUACUGACGUAUUUUGAUGUUUAACCCCCUUAUUUUUUGUUCAUUUUCUUUUGUUUUGAUUUUUUUUUUUCUUUUGUAGGGAGCUACAUUUUUGUCUCAGUAGAAGUUGCAAACUUGUGCGAAGGAGAGCUUAUCUUAAGUUUGGAGAAAAAUUAAUGGCCUUUGUUAACGAUUUAAGUUUAGGUUUGCUUUUGUUUCUUUCUUUUGAUUUUUGGUUGUUUCAUUAUAAUUAUUAAACCAUUAAAUUUAAUUUCAUUUUGCUGAACGUUUUGUUUGGUUUGUUUCUUUUAUUUAUUUGACAUUUUAUUUGUUUUGUUCCGUUACGUUUUCCUUUUUUUCUUUUUCUUUUUUCCCAAAGCAGAAAUUUUCCAGCGCCGCUUACAAAAGGUCCUGAAGUCCCGUAUAACGCUAAACAACAAGCUAAUCUUUGUUAGAAAACAAGACCGGAUUAAAAUGUUCAACAUUAAGUGGACCAAAACUAAUUCAGAUGAUUGGGAGGGGGGAUUUUUAGAUUAUUUAGACACUGUAUUUUAAGCACAUAAAGUAUCUAACAAAGAUUAAACCUCUGAAAGACAGGAUUAGGAAAUGGAAGCUGUAGGAUUAUGAUUACUCCCGUUUAGAUGCAAGAACUUUCUCCAUGAAUCUGGUUGCUCAUUUAGAAUGAUGUUUAUUGGAUAUUUUCUAGACUUUUUCAAUGUGCUUAGGUAAAGUGAAGCCAGAUUUCUUGCAUAAAAGUAUAUGAGCUCAUACGCGAGACAAAAUCAACCACUUUGAGCAAGUUGUUUCUGCUUACAUCAGUUUAGGAACAGCUAAUCUUAAUGUGAAAGAUUUGUUCAAAGGUGGUAAAAUUUAUCUCAUGUUUUUAAUCCAUGCUCAACAGAAACAGGCCAAGGGGAUAAUUACUUUUGUAUUUAAACCCACUUUUUAAACAGUUAUUCAUCUGACACUUCAAUAAAUGCAAGUGUUACAUUUCUGGCCCAUUUUAAAAAGUUUAAAAAUUGAUAUUCAGUCUUAAAAAAACAUUUUGCUUUAAAAUAUUUGCAUUUCUAUCACCGUCCUUUGUGCAAUAUUGUAAAACUUGCUUAAAGCAAGUGAUAGUCUAGGACUUUUUUAUCAUAGAUUUUUGUUUUUUUACUGACUGACAUGUUACUGCUUUUGUUUUUUCUCUCCAGUCUUGUUUGAAAUGUAUGAAAUGUUGAGGUUUGUUUUAGAGGCAGUCAAAAUAUACUGCAGUCUGCCUUAAUUUAUGAUAAAAUAGUGUAAAAUACAGGAAGUGGCAUUUAUUUAUUUCAGUGUACGCCAUUAUACUUGAUACAUAUUCCAGUGUUUUUAAUGGAUUGACUUGUUUUUGUUAUAAACAUGUUUAACACUAAGUUUAAGUUCAUUAAAUAUCUGCUAACAUUGAAUACUUAAAAUGUGGUAAAAUUACAGUUAGUAAAAUUAAAUGUCUUCAGAAGCCUAA